AUGGACGAUGUUUUACAGCCAAUUUAUAUUUUAAGCAUUACACAUUUUUGGAUUUUUCAAUGGCUAUUCAAGACCAAUACUUCGUUUCGUUUAUUCUAUGUCACUUUACUAACGAGUAAUUUUCGUGAAUCGAACGAUAAAUACGCGAUGAAAUUAUGUACAAAAUGGAUAAACGAGAUCGACAAAACACUUCAAGCGUUAGACUCAUCUGGAUUAUUCAACUGCAUUUACAAAAGUACAAGUUUAUCUGUGGCCGAAGUAUUUUGGUUUUCUGAGACAGUUAUAUUGUCAAAUAUAGAUUAUACUACGAUAUUGCAGUUGUAUUAUACCGACCUUUAUCCUGUCAUCGAAAUGCUAAUUAACGACCUUACAUUUGUCUUUUGGAUCAGGUAUAUAAAGAUUAAGUUUGGUCAAUUAAAUGCUGUAUUACAAAGCAUGCUAAGAACAACUAUUGAUUCUCCACAACAUAAGAGAGUUCUUCGAAUGAAGGACAACUGGGAAGAUGAUUCUUCGUUAUCUACUGUUUAUGGAACUUACAAAACGAAUGAAAAUCUUAUCAAAUUAAAAAGAGUCAAACAAAUCCAUUUGGAAUUAAUGAAAUGUGCCAGAAUAAUAAAUGAGGCUUAUGGAUUACAAAUUCUUAUAUCCAUAUUUACAACGGCCCUUUUUAUCACGACAAUGUCAUACAAUCUGUACGUUAGCUUAAACAAAGGUGACAAGUGGAUAAUACAAUUAUAUGUGUAUUUAACUUGGAUUUUUUAUUUUGCCAUGAUGAUUUCCGUAAAAGCGUAUAUAUGUGAGACUGCAAUUAAAGAAAUUCGUGAUUUUAUGUUUCAAUUAAUCCAAAAUCGUUUAAAUUUUACCGUUUGCGGAUUUUACGAUCUAAAUAAUACGCUUAUAUACAAUGUGAUCGGUACGAUUACUACUUACCUCAUCAUAUUUAUUCAAGUUGGAGGUGAACCUAAAAUAUUUUACAAUAAUACGACUUAUAAUUCAACGUCGACGAAAUAA